AUGCCCACCUUGAAUGUGCCAACGCAUUUCAAUCUCGAUACAUCGGGCGUCGCUGGAUUCUUCGGUGGGGAUGAAGCGAUCUCAGCGAUGGCUACUCUCGCUAACUCAAGAUUUUGGGAUGGUCUAUUCCCUGGUCCAAAUCUCACACCAGCUGAGGCAUUUGGACUAGAUGGGAAACCUGGCCCUCGUUAUUGGGGUGUUUUUUCGGGCACAGAUAUGUCCACCGGUCAUCUGGCGUACCUCGUGGUACAGAAGGCCAAAGAAGUUGAGGAGGUGGUAGAAGUGGAAGGGAGGGAGACCACACCUCUGUCCGUCACCAUCGUCGAUGUCGAAGACGUGAUGCUAAAGCACUCGGAUCAGGCGCCGAUGAUGAGCAUCCAUCAUGCUCUCUUGGCCGCUAUCCCGAUCGUCAUCAGUCUUGCGACGAGCGCUCUGUCCGCAGCUUCAGGAGAUUGGCUAGCAUUUGCCCUCAUCCUGCUAGGAGUGAUGUCAAGCGGCACAUCGUGCUUUGUCAUCGGCUCUGCCCGACUCGAAUUUGCUUCCGUCAAGGAAGCUGCUCCGGGCACCCCGCUUGCAGAUGGGAUACUUCUGACGCGAAACGACGUGGUAAUCGUCAGAGGUGCAGAGAAAGACAUCAAUCCAAUAACGAAAGGCACAUUUGUCCUGAGGAUGGAUGGCGGCCCGGAAUUCAGACGAAUUGGACUCUGCUCGCUUCUCCUCCUCGCGCAAUUCCUUCUCCAACUCCUUUUCAUUCCUCUAGCAACGACAUUCGGACAGAUCAUGUUCAUCUCAUCACUUGCAGCCUCAUGGGCAUAUAACUCAUUUCUGUCAUCACUAGAGCAGGAGAAAAUACAAGUCGAUAUCCUGUGGAAAGCGCUUCAUGAUCCACGAAUGUCGAAAUUUGGGCUCAAAAGCAGAGCUGCUCAAGCAGUUUUUGUAUGUUUAGUUCUCAGCGAUGGCGUCCAAAAGCCAUCUGUUGACUUCAAGCCAAAGAAGGUCUUGGAAUGUUUCAUCUCGAACGACACGAGAGUAUGGAAUACAUGGAGAGACAAAGUGACGAAGGAACUAGAAAAUAACGACGAAGAAAAAUCGUUCAAGCUUAGCCCCGAUGAUCUACGAGGGUUCAAAGAUGAAAGGGUCCUUCUGAAGUCAUUGCUUCAGGAUGCCCAAAAUGCGUAUAGAGGUUAUCAGGAGCACGUACAUAAGAUCAAAGACAAUGGUCACAUUUCUUCGUCAACAGAGAAACAAGUACAUCAACCGCACUGUGGUGUUUAA